AUGCGGUUUCUCUCAACCAUUCUCCUUGCUGCCUCAUCCCUUGCUACGAUAGCAAACGCCUACGAAAACCCCCUAAUACACCUGGACUAUGGCUCCUUCCAAGGCAAAUACGACACAACCUACAACCUCUCAUAUUUCCGUAAAAUCCCCUUCGCAGCACCUCCCACCGGCGAAAACCGAUUUCGCGCUCCUCAACCACCUUUAAAAAUUACAAAUGGCACCUACGACACAGAUCAGACAUUCGAUAUGUGCGCCCAGCGCACCGUCAAUGGCACGGAGGAUUGUCUGUAUCUCGGUCUUUUCGCUCGACCAUGGGAUACAUCCAAGGAUAUCCGCCGACCGGUACUCGUCGUGUUCUACGGUGGCGCGUUUAUCCAGGGUGAUGCGGCGUUUACGAUGCCGCCUUCUUCGUUCCCAGUGUUGAAUGCGAGCACGUUGAAUGAUUAUGUGGUUAUUUAUCCGAAUUACCGACUCAAUGCGUUUGGGUUCUUGCCUGGAAAGGCGAUCAAGGAGUCUUCUACCUCGGAUCUUAAUCCCGGAUUACUCGAUCAGCAAUACGUACUGAAAUGGGUGCAGAAUAAUAUUCACCAUUUUGGCGGUGAUGCUCGCAAUGUUUCGAUUUGGGGCCAAUCAGCCGGUGCAGGAUCCGUUGUUGCACAAGUGCUAGCCAACGGUCGAAAUGGCAAUCCGAAGCUCUUCUCAAAAGCUCUCGCAAGCUCUCCUUUCUGGCCGAAGACAUAUGCCUAUAACGCCCCCAAGGCGGAAGCUAUCUACAACCAACUCGCCAAUUUAACCGGGUGUGUGGAAACCGGUAACUCGCACGAGGUCCUGUCCUGUUUGAAAUCGGUCGAUACCCAAAAAAUCCGCGAUGCAAGUCUCAUCAUCGACACAGAGAAUACAUGGACAACCAGCUCGUAUACAUGGGCCCCCGUCAUCGACGGCGAGUUUCUAGCCGAUACGCUGACCGAAGCCGUCAGCAGCGGCACAUUGAACACAGAGUUUGUAUGGGGUAUGUAUAAUACGCACGAGGGACAGAAUUUCGUGCCGUCAGGCUUGCAGAAGGACGUCACGACGAACGGGUACAAUUCUUCGCUGGCGAGUUUCCACGACUGGGUUACCGGGUUUUUACCCGGAUUAUCGGCCAAGCAGAUUGAUCUUGUCGAGAAUGUGUAUUAUCCUGUCAAUGGGAGCACGGAGACGAUUGUGGAGUAUAAUACGACGUAUGUAAGGGCGGGAUUGAUUUAUAGGGAUGUUGUUCUUGCUUGUCCGGCUUAUUGGGUUGCGGGGGAUGCCCAGAGGAAGGGGUAUGUUGGGGAGUAUACGAUUUCGCCGGCGACGCAUGGGAGUGAUACAAUCUACUGGAAUCGUAUUAAUGUGGUGCAAACGACGAAUCCUGUCGUUUAUCAGGGAUAUGCUGGUGCCUUUGCGAGCUUCUUCCAGACUGGGGAUCCCAAUGCGCAUAAAUUGACGAACUCCUCGGAGCCGGGUGUUCCAGUGCUGCAGAGGACUGGGGAGGAGUUUGUGAUUGUGGAUCAUGGAUUUGAGAAUGUCAAGCUUGAACAGCUGAAUAAGAGGUGCGAGUUUUGGAAAAGUCUAGGGAAGAAGAUUCCAGUUUGA